AUGAUCACCAAAGCACCGGUAUUACACUAUUAUGAUGUCAACAAAGGGGUAACCAUUGUAAGUGACAGCUCCAACCUUGGCUUGGGGGCAGUCAUUACACAAGAGGGACACCCCAUUGCCUAUGCCUCUAGAGCUCUCAUUCAGACUGAGCGCAACUAUUCUCAAAUAGAGAAAGAGUGCUUAGCAAUCAUGUAUGCAACUGAACGUUUUGGACACUACGUUCUAGGCAAAGAGAAUAUCAGAGUCCUUACAGAUCACAAGCCCCUCGUCACGAUCUUCAAGAAGCCGAUCCUUACAUGCCCCAAGCGUCUGCAGCGAAUGCGACCGCGUCUACAGAAAUUCUCGCUUGCUGUAGAGUACAAGCCUGGGCCCACGAGGUAUCUCAGUGAUACCCUAUCCCGCGCAUCACUACCACUCGACCAUGCACGUCCAGACACACCAGCCUAUCAGAUAUUCCAGAUAAGUGAAGAAGAGAAGAUACGAGAAGAAAUAGAAGAUAUCGACAUGCAGGAGUCCCUGUUUGUGACUGACGAACGACUUGACAACAUCAGACGAGAGACAGCCAAAGACCCCUCACUCCAAAUCUUUAUGACAGUCACCAAGCAAGGUUGUCCAGACCACAAAGCUGAAGUGCCCACUUGUAUUCGUGAAUACUGGCCAUACAGAGAUGAACUAUCAACUCAGAACGGACUUGCCUUCAGGGGAACCAGGAUCGUCAUUCCUACAACAAUAAGAACCAACAUGACAACACGAGCGUCACACCUAGGUAUCCAGUACACUACAAAUACAGCUAGAGACAUCAUGUAUUGGCCAGACAUGUCAGCUGACCUUACAGAAGCUGUACAGCGAUGCUCCACCUGUCAAGAAAUGCAAGCAGCACCGCAGAAAGAGCCAAUGAUGACACAUUCCAUACCUCAGGUACCAUGGCAAGUAGCUGCCAGUGAUUGCCUGGAAAUGCAAGGCGAACACUACUUGGUCCUAGAAGAUCUGUACUCUGACUAUAUAGAACUAGUUCAGCUCCAAGACAUGUCAUCUAAAACUCUCAUCAAGCAGAUGAAACCAAUAUUUGCAACCCACGGGACACCAGCAGUUCUUAUAUCAGACAAUGGAACCAGCUACAGUUCACAGGAAUUCCGAGAGUUCACCAAGGCAUGGGAAAUAUAUCACGUAACUGUAAGUCCUCAUCACCACAGGUCGAACGGGAAAGUGGAGUCGGCAGUGAAGAUUAUGAAGAGAAUCAUCAUCAAGGCCAAGAAAGACGGCUCAGACCUGUGGAAGUCACUAUUGGAAUGGAGAAAUUCACCAACCCCAGGAACAUCCAGCUCACCAGCACAACGACUUAUGUCCCGCCGAACCAGGUCUAUGUUGCCUUGCAGCCAGGCCCUGUACAAGCCCGAAGUACAAGCAGCGGUGACAGAACAGAUCAUCCAAAAGCGCAAGCAGGCCAAACACUAUCAUGAUCGCACAGCGAAGUCACUGCCUAGUCUUGUUGUUGGUCAACCAAUAAGGGUGAAGGUACAUCCACAACAGGCUAAUAGCAAUUGGAAGGCAGAGACAGUGGUUUCCAUGGCAACAACGCCACGCAGUUACUUUGUACAAGUCAAUGGCAGGACGUAUCCCAGAAAUCGGGUGGACCAAGUGGUCCAGGUCCAUUAG